AUGGUGGUUGCAGGAAUUGAUAUUGGCACGACCCACGGCUGUGUGGGUGUGUGGCACAAUGGCAAAGUGAACAUCAUUGCCAACGAUCAAGGAUUUCGUACCACGCCUGCAUAUGUGUGCUUUGAGGGCGAGGAGGUCAUUGUGGGCGACACUGCUGUUAACAAGUUGCCAUCGCACGCUGACAACACAAUUUUUCACCUUAAGCGUUUGCUUGGCAAAAACCACGAUGAGAUUAAGGAUCGAAAUUUCGUGAAAGAGUGGUCGUUCAGUGUCGCGCAGAACGCAGAGGGUGUCACGGUGGAGACGCAGCGCAACGGUGAAAAGCACCACGUGACCCCUGUGGAGUUUAUGGCGCUGUUGCUACAGAAUCUCAAGGAGCUGGCAGAGGACUUUACAGGCGAGAAGCUGGAGCACGUUGUCAUUAGCAAACCCGCUCAUACCGACAGCAGGUACACAGAGCUGCUAGACGCUGCUGCCAAACAGGCUGGCGUCAACGUGUUGACAUACCUGAGUGAGCCACUGGCUGCUGCCAUCGCUUACGGAUUCGAUGAGGCUGUUAAUAAUGAGAAGCCCGAAUAUGUGCUCGUGUUUGAUAUUGGUGGCGCCACUCAUGAUGUGACGCUGCUAAAUGUUGACAAGGGCUUGUUUCAGGUCGUGGCCAGCAAAGGCAAGGAUACAUUAGGCGGCGAGAAUUUUACGGCUGCUGUGUUUGAUCAUUGCGCUAAAGCUUUUCUGCGUAAGACUAAACUGGACAUAAAAUCUAAUCAGAAAGCUUCCAGUCGUCUUCGCAUUGCAUGCGAGGCUGCCAAGCGCUCGCUUUCCACGCAAACGCAGUCGAACAUUGAGGUAGACUCUUUGAUGGAAGGCGAAGAUUUUGCCCUCAAAUUGUCGCGCCCUCGUUUCGAAGAACUUAUUAGCAACUUCGUUAAUGAAACAAUCACCGAAAUUGAUGUUAUUUUAGAGGAAAAUGAUCUCGAAAAGGAUGACAUCGACCACAUCAUCUUGGUAGGCGGUUCCACUCGUAUCCCUCUGGUGCAGAAUGUCGUCAAAAAGUAUUUCGAGGGCAAGAAUGUGCGUACGCAAUUGUCACCUGAUGAGGCUGUUGCCUUUGGUGCUACUAUCGAAGCGUCUUGCCUUGUUGAGCUUGUGGGCGUAUCCAAACCCAUUGAGCCGGUAAACAUGGUAAAUAUGGUGCCACUAAAUCUGUCUCUGGCUCUGGCUAACGGCAGCGUAGCAGAGCUCAUUCACCGCGAGACCAUUUUGCCUGCCACUGUAACUGAGAUUUUUACGACCUCGUGCGACAACCAGGAGACGGUCUAUCUACAGAUUUACGAAGGUCAGCGCAUAAUGGCCAAGGAUAACACCCUUGUGGCGCAAUUGAAAGUGUCGGGCAUUACCCCGUUACCCAAAGGCGACGCCGCGAUUGAAGUGACCUUUACUGUGAGCACAAAGGGUGUUCUGACAGUGACCGCCUCAGAGCGUAUGGCCGGCACGAAGUCGAUCCAGGUGACCCAGGAUUCGAAGCGAUUGACACCUGCUGACGUCGCUGCUAUUGUCAAAAACGCCGAAGACGCCGCUGAUGAGGAUGACGUGCUCUUGGGUGAGUUAGAAGAUGCUGAAAAAGCUGCUGAGAAUGCUGUUGCAGCCCCGGAAGUUGGAGCUGCCAGCGCUCCAGUCAUUCCAGUUGCGUCUACGCAGGACCUAGACUAA